AACACCUGCUCUUCUCGUAGCUUCCUACGUGCCGCUGACGCAUCCCCUCAAUCCAGUCAAUCCUUUUGGCAUCAACCAUGAGGCUCUCCGCCCUCUUGGUGCUUUGUACGUCUGCGAUUAUCGCUCAUGGUCAAAGCGAUACCGACCAUCCAUCUUCGACAAUUGUGUCCAUUCAACCCAUCGAAGCCUCUACAUCCUCAAUCGACCCCCUCGCGCAGAUACAAUACAACCCGACCACUCUCGAAGCUGUGAUUGCCUCAUACGAUUCUCCCGAUGUAGCCCCGGGUGCUGGUCUGGCUCGAGUGGGCAUUUAUGACAAGGCCUCGAACGCAUGGGCGUCCUCGACUUCUAUUUUGUCCUUGGACAACUUCACAAAGGGAUAUGCGCCAGUCAUAACGCUUUCUCUUAGUCCGGAUGGAGACGUUAUUGGAGUUAGCUGCAAGAGCGAAAAGAUAGAUGCAGGGCAUACGAGGGAUUUUGGCCCAAAGGUGACGGUUAGGAGGACGGCCGGUGGGAAAAAGCCAAAUCUCAACAGGCCGAUUGCACUAUCGAAGGAGGGCAAGGUUGAGGAAGAAGAACCCGAGAAGACGUUCCUUCAAAAAUACUGGAUGUUCGGGAUGGGUAUCCUCCUGGUACUUGUGUUGAGCGGCGGGGGAGAUAAAUAGGCACAUUAGACGCUGGAUUGAGAGAGUUUUAUAAGCGAUAUUCAAUGAGAUCCUGCUCUCAAAUAAAAUAAAACGAGUUUAAGUAGCUGGCGAGCAACAUUUGCUGCUUGUGGUGAAAUGCUCGAAUUAGUAUGCGAGGUUAUUGAUGUAUUUAACAACUAAUUAGCCUACUCUUGAGACAUCACAAUAGCAUCUUCAGGGGA